AUGGCGUCGAACGAGGAGGAGGACUCUGACUUCUUUGAGAAAGAAAGAACACGUUUGAUUGCCGAAAUUAGUAGCGGAUUUGAGCAACUUCUGACAGAACAGAACAAACUCAACCAGAAACUUGACCAAGUUAGAGGCGUGGGAGGGGAAUUUUCGUCAUUGGCAGCGUUAUGGUCUAAUUUGCACGAGUUGAUGCGACAACAAGAAUUAGAUGCUCCAGUGUUAAACAAGUCAACCUCUGGAGGCUAUCCCGGGUCAGGGAGCCAUGUAAUAGGUAGAUGA